CUGACAUUUGCCCGGGGGCUCGAGUAAAUGUCAAAAUAAUUAUUUUUUUUACUCCGCUGUUUGCAUACGAAUUUAAUGUGAAUUUCUAGCAAAAAACAGUGAAUUUUCCGUAAUUUUUAUCACUUGAACCCAUUCUACGCAUCUCUAGGCAAGAUGGGACGUUGUUGAGCAACAUCCUACGGAGGUAGUUCAAGUGGAAAAUCAAGUGCUUAUCCUGAAUGUGAAGAAACUGCAUUUUGUCGUGUGUUUGGAAAAGAAAUUGCGGUGUGCGACAUGGCGAUGGAAUUUGAUGGGAUUCCGGGUGAUUUGGCUAAUGAGAGUCAACAAUCCGGGAAGACAGACAGUGAUGGCAAUAUUAUCAUGCAGAUCCCCAUUGAGACGCCAGACGAGCGGCCAGACGAUGAAAAUAAUGGGAAUGAACGGCACUUUCCCGACAUGUCUGAUGAGCAAAUGAAUCCCAUGUCGUCGCUUAAGGCCGUCCCAAUGAUGGAAGUGCACGAAUCACUUUUGAGUGAUGACGAAACGAAGAUUCUAACAACACUGGAGCCCGUGAAGAAGAAGCAACAGGAACAAGAAGAGGCCAAUGGUGGCAAGGUGCAACACGAGGAUAAUGCAGAUGAGGAAGAAGAUGACAAUAAUCCCGAGUCAAUUGCCCGAAAGCAGCUGGAAUCACUGAACAGUCUCCGUCGGAAGGGACGCCCAAAAGCCGAUGAACCCAAACCCAUUGAUUUACUGCGAGCACACGCAUCCAAGAAGAUCCAUAUUAUUGAGAAUCGUGUUUUGCCAACGGCUGAGGAUUUUUUUGCCGGACUCAAGAAUAUCAACGAGAGAACAUCGCGAUCACUGCAGAGCAAUAUCCUCACACGGGAGGAAUUGACGAAGGAAAUUAUUCAAAAGUGCCGAAAGUCUGCAAUUUCCAUUGAUAAAGUCCCAUCUAGGAUGCAGAAGCGUAGAGAUGAAGUGACUUCUUCCACGGGAACCAUUGAAAUCCCCCAGGAGCUCAUCCUAAGUGCUGAUGAUUCAACUCCGGUAAUCGUGCAGGAAACUGAAAGUCUCGAAGGGCAGGAUUUGUUGGCAAUUCUCGAGGGUGAUGACGAUGAUGGGCAGGAGACGAGUGUUUAUGAACUACAGAGUGAUGUUGCUAUCAAAGCUGAAGAUGAUGUGCACGUGGAGGAGUACACAAUCUCCUUCACAGAUUCCGGAAAGCAGCAGGAUCUCGAUAAGGAGAAGGAGAUUGAAAUUGCUAUGAAGCAAAUAAUGAGUUUACCCGUUAAGUCCAAAAAGGGACGUCCGAGGAGGGGGAAUAUUGGUGGAACUUCCUCACAGCACGAUUCUGAUGAACCACCAAAGUCCAAGAUAACUUCAGCUUCUGAUCUCAUAUCAUCCCUCGUUUCGGAUUGGAGUGACAAUGAGGACAAGGCAGAUGAGACAAUACUAAAAACAGAAGUACUUCCCCCGGAGGAAUCUGAAGCCGAAACAACGGUACGAGUGGUGAUAAGUCCAGCUGAUGCACCACAACCAACACCACUGAAGAGUUCGAGGAUUAUUAAGAAGAAGGUAAUUUGGGAUCCAGAUGCUCCGGAAACACAAAUUUCCUACGCAAGUAAAGUUCAGGGAUCUGCAAGAAAGUCCCGGAAGCUUCUUAUGGAGGAGAAGGCAUUUGGUUCACCGACAAAACCAGUAAAGAAGUCUCCCACUGAAGAAGUGAAGCAACCAAAACGUCCUGGAAGUGCAGCUUCAAUGUCUGGGGCGAAAAAGAAGAAACUCUCAGAGGUUGAUAAGCUCCUUGGGGAUGAGGGGGCAGUCAAUAUGAUUUAUUCACUGGAGCGAGAGAAUAACAAUACAGAUGUGCCUGAAAUUGAGACAAAGCCCGAUAAGAAUCAGAUGGUGUCCAAGUCAAAGGAGAGAACAGCUCUUGUGGCACGAGCAAAAGCCGUAAAGAAUGUCGUGAUUAAGAUGUCAGACACAGCUCCAUCAGGUGCUCCCAGGGGACGUCCAAAGCGCGAACCAAGCUCAACACAUAUCUCACCACCAACACAAAUUAAGAAGGUUACACCGACUAAGAAGCGCAACAGUGCAAGAGAAUCAGCAACAUCAUCAACGGCAUCUGAAUCAUGGGAUUUCCUCUACUCCUCAUCCCAGGGAGAUGAUUCCAUGAUUAUCCGUCGACGCUCCAAUAGCUCGUAUUCCGGGAGUACAACAAGCCCACGGAGGUUGAGUAUAGAUCAGCAUCAGGAGGAAAGUGGUCGGAAGGGGGAUGAUUCCUUUGAAUUUGCCAAACCAGAAAAUAAGAAGACACCCAAAAUUGACUCCAAUACAGCCCAUAAUCUCGUGGCUGACCUCAAGGGGAAGCUCAAUAUGGCUAUAAAUCGUGGCAAUUGCACCAUACGUAGUGCCGGUGCUUCCAAGGCAUCAACGGACAGGAAGGAGAGUGCCAGUCUCAAGGUCACCAAAGAUCAUCAACCCAUUAAAUUGAGGGCGAGUGAGCGGAAGCUGGGGCAUGUGGACUUCAAAGAGAUCACCAUUAGACGCUACGAUAAUUUCGUCCAGUUGAUUUUCUCACCCACAUACGGAGUACUGAAGAAUGUUCUGACAAUUGCUCUCCUGCGUGAAGUAAAGACUGCCCUUGGAAUCCUGAAGGAUGAUUCAAAGUGUAAACUUGUCCUGGUAACGUCAUCUGGGAAUAAUUUCUGCCAGGGCAUUGAUAUCUCAGGACUCAUUCAAACAACAGCAGAUAAGAGAAAGACAGCUGCUCAGCAACUAUCUACUGCUCUACGGGAUUUCCUCGAGGCUCUCGCUACAUUCCCAAAGCCCCUGCUGGCGGGUGUACAUGGGACAGUUAGUGAUCUCGGUGUAACGAUGUUGCCGCUCUUUGAUGUCGUUCUAUCGAGUGAAGCUGCGGUGUUUUGCACAAACUACGCCAAAAUUGGACAAAUUCCCGAAGCUAAUGCCGUACUAAAUCUCUCAGGAAAAGUUUCAGCCAAAGGGAUCACACUUCUCCUACUCCUAUGCGAGAGUCUUUCAGCCAAGGAUGCCUGUGAGUAUGGGCUCGUGACAAAGACACUCUGGCCAGAUAAUUUCCAGGAUCUUCUCAUGGAGAAUGCCAAAACAAUUUCAUUUUAUUCACUGCAGGCACUGGAGGCCAUAAAGGCGCAAUCGAGACGAAUUUUGGCGCCAAAACUCGCAGAAGCACUCAAUGAGGAACACAAAAUUCUCAUUCAGCACUGGAUCAGUCCGGAGUGCCAGGAGAAAUUUAAGAAAUUUCUCAAUGAUGAGAAAUGGUAGUUUAUUUUCAUUUUUGUUUUAUCUACUUCACUUUUUUUUUGCUCUUAAUAAUGAAUUAAUAUUAAAAAUCAAACCCUAUUAUGGUUUACGGACAUCGCGGUCCUGGUUAAGAUUAAGUACAAAAAGAUGAAAUAUGUUCAUUGAAUUUUUUUUUCUUUAAAAAUAAGGCACAAAGAAUUCAUUUUUUCUUUAAAAAAAACUCAUUUUUCAUUUAUAAUUUGCAUUUUUCUCUUGAAAUCAUAUCAAUUAUGGAAUUUAUUUUGUAGAAAAUACAAAAAACAGUAUAUAAUAGUUGAAAUUUAUCUCUGUUGCAAAAACGUGUAAAACGUAAUUAAUAUUAAAAGUUAAAAUUGAAAUAUUCUUAAAA